AUGGCCGACAGCUUCGGAGUCAACUUUGAAAAGCACCCAAUGGUUGCUCCUGUCUGGGACCGUCUACAGGGCCUUGAACAGCAAUUGGAUCGAGUCGAUCUCGCAGUGAACGCUAUAUUGAAGCAUCUGAACAGGUCACUGCCCGACAGGAUUGGGCCGUCGGAUGGAGAACCAGACGCCCUUCUCUCCACUUCUCAACCUAAAGGUGCUCCAAACUCACAGGUCUCUGACGGGCCGUGUGAAUACAAAGCGCUCGAUUUCGGAAAAGCCGAAAUUCGCCUGCUUGCCCUGCACAAUCCGGGUGAUGACUCGGAAGACAUUAGAGGCUCCAUAGUGCAUGUUAGUCUCGAAGAAAAUCAAACUGCGCGACUGAGGCAGUACAACGCCAUAUCAUAUCGCUGGGGCGAACCGAUGAUGGAUGGACGUGUCAUCGUCGACGGUCAUGUGUUUCGGGUCACACAAAAUUUGGAAAGCGCCUUGCGUCAGAUGAGGAAAAGAGCCGCAAAGGAAGCGACGGCAGCUAGGGCUUCUUCUCCAAAGACGUUCUGGUGGAUUGACCAGAUCUACGAAGCUGGCUCGUUGGAGGCAUCAACCAAGAAGAUAUUGAAGAGCCGAGGAAAUCAAGUCUCACUAAUGCGCCGCAUCUACAGGGGAGCUCAGUCAGUUCAUAUCUGGCUAGGCGAUGCUAUUGAGGGGUCUGAACUCGCCACGGACGUUGUUAACAAGAUUGGUCGGCCCCCUACCCCAGGUCCUGGGGAGAGGGAAGUUGAAUAUCCAAGAUUUUCGGAAGGCGAUGUGCAGAAACAUUGGCAAGCCCUUCGUCUAUUGUUGGAGCGAUCUUGGUGGGAACGAAGUUGGAUCCGUCAAGAAGUCUCCUUGGGAUCGCGCACACAAGUCAGUUGGGGCGAUCAAAGUGUCAGUUUUGACGUGAUAUCACAAGCUGUGAUGGCCAUUGAGUAUGCGGACAACCUGGACCACCAAAUCCCAGGUCUUUGUUCUGAUGCCGAUAACAGUCAAGCUGGAGACAGCAUGCAACAGUUCACUGAGAAGGCACACGAGGCAGGACACGUCGAUGUUCAUGGAUACCAAUACGGAGCGAAAUACGGCAUCCACGAGAGAAAGGAUAUGUUUUGGGUCAAUUUCCUCUCCACAGACCGAAUGGCCAGCAGCAAUCUCCGCUACUCGCCCGACGAUAACACCACCCUUCUCUCCGAGCGCGAAGACAGGUUGAAAAUGCAGUACCUUGGCCUGAAUCUGAAACUGGCGCAGAGCUAUCUGCUUCCUGCGUCGUCUGAGUCGAGUUUGCAUCCGCUCCGACCCAUUCGAGCGGCAUUGAAGAAGUAUGAUGUCGGUCGACGAUUGGGAAUCUGCGCGGGACAGCAGACACCCGUGCUUCUGCCUGGAGACGCCAUGCCCGGUGAUGCGAUGGCCGUCUUCAGAGGGGCCACGUUUCCAUACGUGCUGCGAAAGCUGUCCGGAGCGGAAGGAACGGCGGAGCAGUAUGUGCUGGUCGGUGAGGCGUUCUUGUCAGAAACCGCAGUAAACAAGGCGGUAGCUUAUGCUCCCAAGACGAUGGAUGCGAUCCACAUUGUCUGA